AUGGAAGACUCUCAAGUUUGGGCAGCCUUAGGAAGAUAUCUUAUCCAAAGCCUCACAAGGAAAAAAGGUGUGGUCAUCCCAAAAUUCGGGACUUUUACGUUCACCUCGCAGGUUUCUUUAGACGGUGUGACAACUCAGGCACUAUCAAAUCGCGAUCAAAGAGAGCCAGUUUUUAUAGUUGCAUCUGAAUUAGCGCCUGGAGUUCGUUCAGGAAUAGCUCACUCAACAGGAGUUAGGCCUUAUUCAAAUAAAGGGUUUGGAGGUAGCGUACCUACAGUAAAGAUAAAUUAUGCGGAGCUUUCAGCUGGUUCUGGGAUCAAUAAAGAUGAAAUCAAAAAACGGUUGGAUCAAGAAAUUAGAAAAAUCAGCGAUUCUCUUAACUUUCCCGCGAGUGGACAAACCAUUCUAAAAAUUCCUAUUUUGUGAGUAAAAGCCCUGAUCGAGCAAAAAAAUUUUUUAGUAUAAAAAUAUUUUGUUAGUAUAAUGAAUCUCUAGCUAAAUCAGUUCAGUUUUAAACAGCUUACAUUUUAAAUGGCUUUCAAUUUUUGCGAAUUGAGAUUUUUUUUAAUUUCGAAAGAAAAAAAGUUCUAUAUAAUUUUUAAAAAAAGUUAUUCCUAUGAUUUUAAAUAAAUUUUUUUUGUUAAUUCACGAGGGGGAGGGAAGUAAGCAGAAUGAAGAUAUUAGGGUGGAAAUCCCUGGAUUAGGCAGCUUAGUUGCCAAAAAUAAAGUUAUAGCAGUUGUGUUUCAAAGAAAAUUCCAAGAAGUCCCGCCACAAGGGAUAAUUACUGAGGAUGGAGAAAAGUGGUUAAGAAACACACUAGGAAUUGAAUUAAGACCUAGCACUGCCCGCGUAGGCACAGAGAAAACAAGUGAAUUUAGAAACAGAGCUCAAUCAGCAUCGCCUGGAUGGAAGAAUUUCGAAGGAUUCAAAUUUGAAGACAACAAGCCGACUGCUGAUUUCGCAAUGCCAAAAAACGACUUGGUAAGACCUUCAAAUCCAAGAAAUCCUGAGAAAACGAUGGAGAGUUUUGAAAUGAAGCCAAAUCAAGAAUCUCAAGAAAAAAACCUUUCUUUGGAGCUCUCAAGUAUAGAUAUGGAAAAGUCAAGAUUUGAUGAAAAAAAGGAAGCUUUUGGCCCAAUGACUAAAGAGCCUGAAAGCAGGAAAAUUGAGUUGGAAAGGCCACAGCAUCCAAAACAAACAGUAAGGCCAAGACCUUCAUCAGCACAUCCAAAUAAAGUUGAAUCAAGGCUUACAGAUGAGCAGCCAUUUAGAAGUCCAGAAAGCCCAAUUAGACCUAGCUCAGCUCAUAAUUUUACAGAGAAACCAUUAGCAAGACAAGCCAAAUCAUUAACAAGUUUUAGACCUGAGCCUGUUAGCCUCAUGAGUUUUUUGAUUGAAAAUCAAGCUAUAAAUAAAAUGGCUUAAUGGCUCGGGCAUUGCCUUCGGCAAAGCAGCCUCGAUCACAUUUUAUUUAUAUGUGGCAUGAUUUUUCCAACCAAGAAUUGACAGUUAAGCAAUUAUGGUAAUGCAUAGGGCCUAGCCCUAGUCAAAUUUCAGAAUUGGAUUUUACCUCAAGGUAAAGGCGGGGUCAGUUGGAAAGGGAAAGCUCAGCAGCAACUGCAGGCAGCGCCUAGACCAUUCGGGCAACUCUCUAGCGUAAAACUGGGAGUUAUGCCCCAGGCUUUCAACUUUUCCAAUUUGUCAAAGGUCGCCCAAAAAUUUCAUUUUUUGGAUUUUGUGCCGUCAAACUUCAUUUAACUCAAGCAGCAUAUCGCAGAUGUCAAUAGUCUUCCCAUUCAGCAUGGAAUCGACAGCGCAAGAGACACAGAACCUAUUUCACACAGUGCCAUAGGAUCAGGUGUUGAAAGGAGGAAAUAUAGUUUUCGAGCCAAAACCUGCCUGCUUAAUCAUCAAAGAAGGUGAAUCCUCUGCGGGAAUUCAUGUGAAUGCGUUAGCAAUAGGCAGCAGCUAAGCCUAUAAUAAGUUUAAGUUUAAGAUUGAAAAUCAAGCUAAGUUUACCUUAAUCUGUCAAGCCAAAGAUCAUUCAGGCAAGGGGCUUCUUUCAACUGAAGAGUUUUUUGAAUCUGCCAAAAUGCUAGGAAGUCCUCUAGUUACUGAAGAAAACCUCAACCAUUUAGUCGCUGCCACAAACUGCAAAUCUGCCCAUAAAAUAAGAUACAAAGUGUUUAUUGAUGAACUGCAGCGAAUGAAUGCCCCUAAAGUGCAUCAAUCAAAAGUCUCAGUUGCCUCAGAUUUGACUGCAAAUUACGAUAGAUUUGCAGUAAUUCCGAUUGCCCAGCUUAUUUGGGACAAAAAACUAGUAAUAACUUCAUUAUCUCAAUCGGGAGGGAUGAGGCCAAGAGUUUCUCAAAGCCCGUCAGAGUUACUAUCAAUUAUGAAAAAAGCAGGAAUCACUAUUAAUAUCCAUCAGCUUAAAGCAGUACUAAGGGAGGGGAAUUUAAUUUCAGCAUCUCCACUUGAUCUUAUAAAAUGUGCAAGGAAUAUAAUUGCGCCUUCAUCUUCAAAUGUGUCAGUUUUUAGCGACAUUAUGAGUGAAACUAAAAUGCCACGGUCAGUUCCAGGUCCAAGAGAUGAAAUUUCUGAUAAAGUUAGAGGAUAUUUAAAGGAGUUUUCGUUGCCUGACUUUUUCAAAAGGGCUACUAACUCCCCUACUUUAAAUAUAAAAAAAAUUUUCUGUCCAAAUUUAAAUGUGCUAAUUUUUUUUAAAACCAAAAUUUUAAUAUAUCUAUAAAAUUUUUAAAAAAAAAUAUAGAACAAUAAUUUGAAUUUUAAUUACAUAAAAAAAUAAAUCUUUUCAGUGUAGAACUGUUUAAAUAGCGUUCUAUAUUAUAAAUUAGUUCUAUACUAAUUUUAUAAAAAUUAGUACUUUCGUUGAUAAAACUUUCCUUUGAAAAACAAAUUUUGUGACAAUGUAAAAGGAGUCAAAUUACUCAAAAAAUGCAAAUUUUGCAGAUAUUUUGUUCCAAUUUAAGGAGGAGGGGCAGUAAGGGAAACGUGCUAACCAAACAAAAUUUCGUUAAUUAUAUAUGUGAGCAAAGUGGGGGAAGAAUAAAAGCUUUUGAAGCAGAUCAAGCGUUCAGGAAAAUCAAUAAAGAUCGGGAUGAAAUUUCUGAAGGAGAAUUUUGUAGAGGUUUUCAAGUGUUUGAGGCGCCGAAGCAGACCACUGAGAGAUGCUUAAGAAAAAUCAAAAAUUGGCUGAGAAGUUCAAAAAUGACUGCAGAGCAAGGCUUUCAGCACUUGAAAAUGGUUUCUGAGGCAAGUAAAAGUAUUAAUAAAGACCAGUGGAGAAGGGCGAUGGAAGAAUUUAACUUCGUAUCUUCAGAUGCUGAUAUUCUGCUCAAGAUAAUUAUAAAAAUGGCGCCUAACCGCACCCGACUUCUUGAUGCAGCUUUCUUAAUCUUGUGGACAAGGCGCUUAAUGAGAAACCAAUGGAUUCAGGUGCGAUAUUAAUUUAUGUAUAUCUGGGUAGGUUUUGUCUUAAUUCUUGUAAUUGAAAAGAGUUAAUCUGGCUACUUCCUUUGGCACCAAGGUGGAACUAAGUGCGAUACCAGGGUUUAUGGUCUGAGCCCAGGAAUAAAAGCAUUUUCUUGUAACUGUUGAGGGCAAAACCCAGCAUCUCUUAUACUCCAGUUUUUUGCUCUCUAUUAAAGCUACUCAGCUGUCACCCUUGCAGAAGCUUCAUAGUCCUCCUCUACUAUACACUUGAGCUGACAAGGCGAGGAAGAGGCGCUCUCAACACACAAGACUUAGGAAGCUCCAUGGCGUUAGAAGUCAUAGAAGGAGCAAGAUAGUGUCAAUGCUUUUCUCGCUGGCUGGCUGAAUCAUUUCAACCAACCACAUGUUUGGCAGGAAUACGUAAAGUGGAUGAAUCUACUUAAGGACUCUUGGUGAUUGCAUAACCAACACAGCCAAGCCUACUUGCUAAUUAAGACAUUCUGUUCAAGAAUUUUGAUAGCAAUAAUGAUAGCGUCAUUGAUAUAAAUGAAUGAAGAAAUAAAAUUUAUGAAGAAGCUGGCCCACUUCAGGCGCUCCGUAAUACAAUAAUUUCGCAUAAAAUUAAACCUGAAGACAUAUUAAUAAAAAUCAAUGCUCAAGGUAGACAAAGGUUGAGUAUUCAAGAAAUGGCUCAAGCUUUACAACGAAUAGACCCAUCUUUAACUGUGGGAAAUGCUGUCGAUGUUGCGAGGAACGCAGCUGGAAAACGUGAUUUUAUAGAUGUCCAAGAUUUUUUGGUCCAAGUAUCCCAAACUCCUAUAGAGUACGAUGGAGACUGAAAAGAUGCCAUUUUAAGAAAAAUUGAACAGAAAAUGCAAGGGGAUACUCAAGCUUUGAGAAAGCUAUUUGAGGAAGCUGACACGAAGCAUACAGGGAAGCUAGAUAUAAAUAAAUUCCAAGACUGCAUCUAUAAAGCAAACUUAGGAAUUGAGGCUGUAGAUAUAGAAAGACUUGGCAAUAUUUUGAAUAAAGGCACAAAUCUUAUCGAGUUUAAUGAGUUUUUAGACAAGCUUGAAGGGCCUGGACUGCCACCUCAAGAUCCUCUAAAGGCAACAAUAUUGAGGCUACAAAUAUUUUUGAAGCAAAAUAAUUUGACACCAGAGCUGCUGUUAAAAAGAAUGGGCGGAAGAGUCCCAGUGCAAAAAUUCGCUGAUUUUUUGCUAACUAAAGUGCAACAAAGAUUGUCACGGUAUGUAAUAAUUGAUGUGGCACUGAAAUUUGAUGUAAAUCAAGAUGGGUUUAUUGAUAUUCAAGAUAUCUAUUCAGUCCUUUCAAGCUCAUCAUAUGCAGAAAUCAAUGCUUCUGCUCCUUUUCCUAGUCAACCGCUUCCAUCUGAUAGAGCGAAGUCAGUUAUAAGUGAAAUUCGAAAUACUUUGAUAAGAAAAAAGCUUAGUUAUGGAGACGCAUUUAAGCUGUUUGACAGAGAAAGAAACGGUGUUUUAUCUUCCAAAGAUUUCUCAGAUGGGCUUGACUUAUUGUUAACUUUAUCUCAGCCUAUAAAGGACGGACUUUUUGCUAUUAUGGAUAAGCAGAAAAUAGGGCUGAUUGACUUUGACGCUUUUGCAGCAGUAGUAAGAGAUGCCAAUAUAGAGCCCCCCAAGACUCAAGACAGCUGAAACUGGGAAUCAGAAACCCUCAGCAAGCUUCGUCAGUGGAUUUCAAGUGAAAACGUAACAAUUGAAGAAGCCUUCAGGGCUUUUGAUAAAGACUUUGAUGGCAUUAUCAGUAAAGAUGAUCUGAGAUAUGGAGUCCUCAAUGUAUUGAAAGUCAAAGAAGAAGAGUGUAACUCAAAUAAAAUUGACAGGCUGUACAAGCUUCUGGACACUUAUAAAAGAAAUUUAAUCCAGCUGUCAGAUUUUAAAACACUUUUUGAAGAAAAAAGAAACGCUGAUUGGAGAGAAAGUGCAAAGCAACAACUGGGGAUUUAUAUUUCCCGACACUUUGCCAGCUAUAGGGCAGCUUUUGAUAGUGUAUCAGGAGAUACUGGGAAAAUUACUUUGGAUCAAUUUUCCAAGUGGCUAUCUGAUAGCCAAGCUUUAUCUGGCUUCAAUUUGACUCAACAGCUCAUUCAGCAGCUCUUUGCAUACUUAGAUCCUCAUAAGAAAGGAUACAUUUCUGACCAAGAUUGGGAUUUAGGACUUGGAGGGUUUAACUACUCCAGUCAAUGUAUGCAAGAGAUUAAAGAUGCAAUUCGAAGCAAUUUUUCUGACAUAAAUGCAGCAUUUGAUUUCUUUUUGAGCUAUCAUAAAGGCUACCCUCAAAACAAGCUGACAAAGUCUGAAUUUGAGCAAGCCAUUGUUUCUUUAAUUCCUAAACGAUUCGAUCAAAGUGAGUUGACGAGGGUCUGAAACACUAUCUCUAAUAGCAGCUCACUCAUAGGAUUCCAAGAUUUUAAGACCCAUUUCGACCAUGGCAAAUUCAUGAGUACUUUUUCAGGCACCCGUUCAAGCAAAGUUUCUUCCAGACCUUCCACAUCUACUUUGACCCAAUCAUCUAUUAAGACUGAUGAAGAUCCCUUAAGAGUACUACAAGGACUUAUAAGGGCAAGCCCAUACAGCCUGGAAGAUAUUUUCAAACAAAUGGACACUGACCAAUCAGGGAAAAUUUCAAUCACAGAGUUCAGAAAUGCAAUGAGAAAGCUUAAUAUAGGCUUAACAGCGAGAGAUAUUGAUAUGAUCCAGGCAAGAAUUGAUACAAAUAACGACGGACUGAUUGACUGGGAUGAGUUUAAAAAACGAUUUAAGACCCCAGAAACUGAACAUAUCAUUAAAGGAACUGCUCAGCAGCGAUUAAACACAUUAAGACAAAACAUGUACUCAUAUAUGUUGUCUCCAAAAGACGCUUUUCAUCAGUUUGACACUGAAAGAAACAGAAAACUUACUUUUGCUCAUUUUACAGCAUUAGUAAAUAGACUCUGCCAGCUAGCAAAUGAGUCAGCACCACCUUUUACUAUUCUCAAAGAUUUGUUUGAUAUUAUUGAUAUCAGAAAAGAUAGUGUCCUUGAUAUGAGAGAGUGGCUGAAUACGUUUAAAGAUGUAGAAAGAAACACAUGGGAAGACUCGAGACAAUAUGAGAGAGAGUUUAGUUAGAGGGGUUAAAAAGGGGGUUAUUUCAGCCUCUAGCCAGUUGAGCUUCAGCUUCACGCUUCAUGUAGCACUAAGCACUGAAGCCACCUAACGCCCUUUUCUGUCGACAUCAUUCGAGGAGAUUCAUCUGAGUCUGCUUGGGCCAUAAAACUUCAGAAAAGGCUCUCUUAACCCCUGGUAGUGCUCGCGUAUGAGGUAACCGUCCGAUGCCUCCUUCUGGAACUACCUCUGCCAUUUGAAGGCAACAUAAUGCUUCUCCAGAAGUCCUCUAUUGGUGUUGCGCCGUCGGUCUUCCUGUCUGUGGGUCCAGGGGAGACCCAGUCAGCCCAGGCCACACCCCACCCCGGAAUUCUACCACCUGCGACCCAGUGCCUUUCUGCCCGUUUUUUUAUUUUCGCUGGUCGAAAUUUUGGGAUUUUUAAUUUUUGUCGCUCAAAAAGCCAAACCUUUUGUCCAUGAUGGCUUAAAUUCGAGACAAUAUGAAGAUAUUUGCAAACUGAUCUCCAAAAACAGAAAACUAUUGCAGACAGCUUUUGACUCAUUAGCCAAAGGCGGGAGAAUAGAGUUUCAGCAAGCUAAAGACGUGCUGUCAGGAUUUUUAAGAGAAAUUUCUUUGAGUGAUGAGCAAUGGAGGAAGAUCAUCGGGGUUGCUAUGAAAGAUGGAAUGGUCGACUAUAGAUUUCUUCUUGAUAUUUAUAAAGAUAGAGUUAGAGACAAACAAACUCACCCAAGACCUACUUAG